GCAAAAAUCGAUAUCAAGUGCGACGCCAUAUUUUUUCACAAAGUUUUUAAGUGCUGCAAUUUUUUCUGCCAAUAAAUCUCUUAAUUUUGUGGAAUAAAGUGCAGAAAAUUACAUUAAAUUAUAAUAAAAGUAUCAAUAAGUGUAUACCUUAGCAUAAUAAGUAAGAAGUGCGCAACAAAUUAAUUCAAUAAGGAUAUAAUUGCAUAAGAAAUUUUUCACUCAGAACAACUGCCGGGUCGAUUGUAUGCAUAAAAGUACACAUAAAAGAAAAUAAUUGUGUUAUAAAAAGCAGUUUAGAGGUUUUAUUAGUUAAAAUUUGAAGUGAAAUAAAAAUGGAAGCACCCCCAGCAGGUAUGGUCGCGCCCUCUGGUCCACCAGCUCCACGUGGUGGUGGUUAUCGCGGCAGAGGUGGACCAAUGCGAGGAAGCUUUGAACGCGGUCGCGGUAGAGGCAUGGGUAGGGGCCAUUAUAUGGGUCGUGGUGGUAUGAUGGGAGGUGGUGGACCUCCACCUCAAGGUAUGGGCCCGGGUGGACGUGGUAUGCGUGCGCCAAGAGGUUCAGGUUAUCAGGGUCGUGGAAGUUAUAUGCCACGCGGGGGUGGACCACCAAUGCGUGGUGGCCGACCUCCCAUUUAUGCUCAACCAAAGCAACAUACGGGUGCAGAAAACAAUAAAACAGUUUCACCUGUACCAACAGCAAGCUCAGCCACUCCAGCCCCAGCAGCUGACGGCGCAGCUCCAGAAUUGGCAGAAACAAAUAAUGGGACCGCUUCAGCACCUGAAGUCAUUGCUGCAGCCCCAGUUGCAGUUAGUUCUAAUGGUAGUGUAAGCAGUAUGCCAUCUCGAGGACCACCUCGAGGACGCGGAUCCUUCUCUCGGGGACGUGGGGGAUAUAAUUCACACAUAAAUGGUGGCAUGCAUGGCAUGGGUCCUGGUGGAGAACAUGGUCAAAUGCCGAUGAGACGCGGAGGCCCACCACGUGGGCGUGGUGGCUAUGGUCAAUCGAUUUCACGUGCCCCUAUGCACUCUCAACCGCAUAGCGCUAAUACACAAAUUGCACCGGUACCAUCAUUGAAACGUGGUGCACCAGGUGGCCCCCCUGGACCAAAGCGUGGUCGUUAUGAAGGUGGUCCAUAUUCACAACGUCCAAUGGUGCCGAAGUAUCAUCAACCAAUGCAACAUGCAGCUCCAAUGGCUCCACCAUCUAGUUAUGGUGCUCCACCUAGUCACCAUCAACAACAACAAAGCCAUCAUAGUUAUGCCACACAUGAUCAGUCCCAAGCAGUCGAUCCGUAUGCUCAAUCGUAUGCUGCGCCAGCCGCACAAUCAUCUUAUAAUGGCUAUGGACAAAGUGGGUAUGUUACACAUGCACAGGCGGCACCACAGGCCAGUAGUGCUUAUUCCACACAAGGCACCGAAUACGAUCAAAGCCAAUAUCAGACUUAUAGUUCUAGUAGUUAUGGUACGCAACAAGAUACGCGUUAUCAGACGUACGGCCAAGAUUAUACCCAGCAAUAUGGUGCGCCAGCUGUUGAUUAUAAUACAGCACCACAGGCAGACUACUCGCAGCAUGGACAGCAAGCAUAUGACGAGCGUGCUUACGCUGGUUAUGAUUCACAGUAUCAGCAAGGUUAUUCAAAUGCAGCUGGCUAUUAUUAAAACAAAAAUCUAAACCGUUUUGACGAUGAAACACAAUUCAACGCUGUGCGUAAAAAGACUUCCAAAUUACACAUACUUGCAGGAAGGAAUCGGUAACUGUUGCAAUUGUUGUGUGAAUAGAAUGUGAAAGUGAAAACACGUAAGAGUUUAUGCCAAAUAUGAUGAGCAUAUAAAUUAACUUCAUUAUUUAACGUUUAGAUUUAAGUAAAAUUGAAACAAUUAAAAAACUAUAUGUAUAUGGGUGAUUAUACAAUAGUGCGUCGAUAGAAAUUGUUGGUGAAGCAUACAAGAAUUAAAAGUUCUUGUGUUAAUGAAAAACCUAAAUAUAUCCAUAUGUGUGUAUGUGCAUUAAGAUAUCAUAUGCAAUUUCUAGCAACAUAAUGUAUAAUCCAUUUGAUCUACUAGAUGUUUAAUGUUAAGAAAGAAAAGUAAUCAAGUUUUUUUUUGUCAUAACUUACAACAUAAUAAAAGCGAAUUUUGUCCCGUACUCCUCCCUCCAUUAGCGUCCCAAUCAACCAUACAACCCUCUAACAAAACCCGGUAAAAAAAGCAAAAACUAAACGGACAAAAGAAGUAACUUGCUAUGCAAAUAACCAGAUAAUUCUCAUGAAUUAUUUUAGCUUAUAUUUAAGGCUAACUUUUGACAAUUGAUUUUCGAUAUAUAUUUUAAAAUUUUGACUAGAAUACAAUUUAUUGAAUAACUAUGCAAUAAACAACACAUGAAUUGCACCUAAACUCAUUAUUUUUAAUUUGCAGGAGUAAAUAAUAUACUAUUAUUGUUUUUAUAAUUCAGUGCAGGCGAUCUAAAGAAAAAACAAAAUUAUUUAAGCAACUUUCGCCGAAAGCAUGAUCGAAUGUAUUAAACUAAUAUACUAGUUAAUAACUGUAGUGACCUCAAAAUUGCUAUAGGUAUUUAGUUUUAAGCAAAAAUUGAUAUUUUCUUGCGCGGAAAUUGUCAGAAAAUUGUAUGUUUUACGAGAAUUUGACAAAUUUACUAUGUUUUAUUUUUGUUUAAUGGCUUAACAAUAUACAUACAUACAUUUUUGUAUAAAAACUUAAAAUAUUCAUUUAAUUUUUCACACAUUAAAAAUAAUUGAUAACACAUUGUUAAACAAAAUAUGCAUAUGUGUAACUCUAAAAACGUAUAUAUUAUAUGAGAAAAUAUACAGCAAGCACAUUUCAAAACAUAAACGCAUUCUAGAACAUUUUAGCAAUUAUUUUACUCCAAGUCGGACAACGUGUAUGUUAGAAAUGCUGCAAGUUAGAACUUCAAAUAUUAACUACGAAAAACACAGAAACUAUAUGCUAAAACUCAAUAAAAAGCUAGUAGUACCCAAAUUGUUGUAACUCAUUAAUUUUACUCCAAAUUACAGCCAUCUGAAAAAAAAAACAAAAAAAUAGUUACAAAAACCAACAAACGAUAAUAACUGCGCAAAUAACAGCGCCUACAUUAAGCAAUCAAUAUAUGCAAAUAUGUUUGUGAAUACAGUGGCAACGAUUCGCUUUGGCAUAACAAAAAAAGUGUGAAAACAAAGUUUCACAAACUUUUAUGUUUUACAUUUAUGUCAGUUUUGUUUUAUUAAUUUUAUAAUGCUAACUUUUAGAAUAAGUAAUUGAAAUGCUUUGAGUGCAACAAUUCUGUGAUAAAAUUACACAAAAUAGUUUAAUUUUGAAAAAAAGUCAGCAUAACGCUUAAAAAGCUGGCUACAAUUACAUUAGCGAUCCCGCUUAAUUUAAUAAACAAUUUUACAUAAAGUCGGAUUUAGACCAGGGUUGCAAAUAAUAAAAAAACAAUUGUUUUGACAUUUGAAUUAAAUAUAUUUUUGUAAUCUACAAAAUCUAAAUUAAGAGUGAUUUUUAAAUUUCUUUUACCAAAUACCGGAAAUAUGAAAUUAAAAAAAAUUUAAUCGAAAAAAUUAAUAUUAUAUUCAAAUACAGAGUUAUAAAAUAAGAAAAAAAUGCAAAAUACCAAGCUUGUAAUUAAAAAUGAAAAAAAAAAUUAUAAUCUCAAGCUUAUAAUUAAAACAAAAUAAUUUAACCAAAACUUAAUUCUGAUUUAAUUAUUAAAAGUAAGAUUUAUAAUUUUCACUAUUAAAUUUAAAAAAUUACAUUUUUAAUCCCAAACAUCUUGGAUUCAAAAUAAAAUAUUCAAUUUAAAAUUUUUUUAUAAAAAUUUAAAAUAAAAUUUUUUUCAAAUCACAUCUUGGAAGAUGUUCGAUUUUGUGAUUAACAAUUUUGAGGUAAAAGAUUUGCAAUCCUGAUCUAGACUAAUCAAAAAAAGCUUUGUAAAAUUACAAUCCUUGGAACAACAAAAGAAAACUUUUAUACAAGUGAUGACAAAAAUCAAGCCACCACUGUUAUACACCAGCUAAACCUCUUAACCCUCAAAUUGCUCAAAGAAAAACUGUUUUACAGUAGAAUUUAAGGCAUCAUCGAGUCUAAUUAUCUGGUCGUCCAAACAUAUUUAUUUUUUAUAUUAUUUUUAUUUAAAUUUAAUUUCUUAUCUUGGGGUUAUUAAACAUCUAAUGAUAUAAUUAUUACGUUGCCAUAACAAGAUAUGACAAAGGAGCAUGAUAAAAAAUGAAGAAACAUUCAAUAUUUUCAAAUUGGAAGUUUUCAUGAGUAAUACAUAACCUACAAAAACAUUUCGAAAAAAGUUCUCUAAAGUCAAUUAAAUUUAAAAACAUAUUAUGAAGAACAUGAAAUUAUAUAAAUUCAGUAUUAAACACCUUAAUCGAAUUUGUUAAAAUAUGUAUUUUAUAAAUACUCGAAACACUUAGAAACAGUGUGUUUCAACGUUAAUAUGUAUCACAAAAAACAUGUUUCAGUGAUAACCUUGAUGUUUUGCGAAUAUUAAUUGCUGUUGGAAAUUUCAUGGUAGCCAAAUAUGCGAAUAGAGCCUGAACUCAACUGAAAACAUGUGUUAAAAAUAAAAAAAAAAAGAAUCAAAGACAAUCCAUUUGAAAAAGUGGAAAAGUAUACCCCGAGAGAAAAACCUACAUGUACCAAUAUUGAUUAAAUCAAUAACAGUAGUUUAAAGUAGCCUAAGUCGGCUGUAUGUAAUGGCGGAAAUUAAAGUUAUUCCAAUUCAUUUAAUUCGCGACUCGAAGUUGAAAGCUACGUAUUAUGUAAAAAUAUAUGUAUUGAAAAUGCUCAAUUUUUAUUAGAGAUCAAAAAAAUUUACCUUAGUCUAAGUCGACUUAAACUACUUGUAACAUGUUGUCUCAGAACUUUUCGUGUUAAAAUCGUAAAAUUGCAAAAUCUCUAUUGAAUUAGACAUUUUUUCAUUUGUUGAAAUCAAAAAUGGGCAUACAUAAAAAUGUACUGUACCAUUUAAAAUAUGAAGCGAAGGGUUAAUUUAAUUUAAAAACCCAAAUUUAUUAAUGAAGUAAUUGAAUUUUUGAAAAUAUCAGAACACGAUCUGAGAAAAUUAUCUUGAAAUACAGCGCACCAAACGUAUUUAUUUUUUAACUGUUAAUAAUUCACGAAACUUUUACUCGUUCUGUAACGAGUUAUACAUAUAUUUUUUUGAACGGAAAUUAUGGAAUAUACAUAUGUAUAUUAAAGAAAUCUACUUAACUAAUAGAAAGUGAAGAAUGGUAAGUGCAAAUAACAAACUGUGAUAUUAAUGUGAUUAAUUGAAGUGCGCAAUGCUUAAAGUCACUGCUCCCUACAUACAUACAUACAUAUAAGAAAAAUAACUUCUUAGUUUAGUUCUCUGCUUUACAGGCUGAAAAGGCGUUAUAAGUGAUAUAAAAAAGUUUUGCCAUAAACGAAACAAAGAAAAAAAUUAAAAACAAAAAAUAAAAGAUUUGCUCAACCCGGAUGCAAGAAAGAAUUCAAAAAUGGAUAAACCAAGGAAUGGUAAAUUUUAAAUUCCUUUGAAUUACAUACAUACAUAUUUAUGUGUUUUGUUGAAAUUGUUUAAUUUUUGUUAAAAUUAUACCAAUAUAUAAGUUUACAACUGUUUCUGUUUGUAUCUCAUUGAUUUAUUAUUACAAAUUUAUGAUUUUUUGAUUUUGAUCAAAAAAAUAACCAAGACAUUAGAUAAGUGCAAUAGAUAAACAGUAUGAAUUAAAUAAAAAAUUAAGAAACGAAAAUAUACAUAUGAGAAAUAAUAACAGCGUGCUAUUGUUACUAAAA